AUGGGUAUGCACUUUCCAGCUCGGGUUAAAUUGUCGCGUGAGGUUUUUCUCAGCAUCUGGAAUUCCAACUUGUCAUUUUUCAGCAAGGAAGGGUCCACCUCAUACUUGUUGUCCGUUUCAGGAAUGGGCUUUGGUGGUGGUGGUGGCUCCCCCCGCACACGCGUCUUCUUCUUUUUGGACGGAGUUAUGCUCCCGCGGGCAUUCCGCCCGUCCGUUCUUUUCCCACGGGCGUUUCGCAUCUUCACCACGCUUCUCCCCCCCCCCCCUUCCUCCCCCUUCCCCCUCGCUUCCUCCUCCUUCGGGCCAUUCAGCCCUCCUCCCCCUUCCCCCUCGCCUCCUCCUCCUAAGGGCCAUUCAGCCCUCCUCCCCCCCCCCCCUCCCUUCCCCCUCUCCUCCUCCUCUCCCUCUCCCCCCCCCUCUGCAGCAGCAGCAGCAGCCGAACCAGCAGCAGCGGCAGCAUCAGCCACAGCAGCAGUAGAAGCAGCUGCAACCUCCCUUCCCCCUCUCCCUCCUCCUCUCCCUCUCCCCCCCCCUCAGCAGCAGCAGCAGCCGAACCAGCAGCAGCAGCAGUGGCAGCAUCAGCCGCAGCAGCAGCAGCAGCAGCAGCUGCACCCUCCCUCCCCCCUCUCCCUCCUCCUCUUCCUCUCCCCCCCCCCUUAG